AUGAGCUCGUCUGCAGCGGAGCUUCCGCCCACGCUCGUUGCCGCGGUGCGGUCCGGAUUCGACGCGUUCGUCCAGUUGCAGCGGGUCCGCUUUAGCAGCUGCAACGAUGACCUUGCCAGGUCGCUCGCGGGGGGAUUUGGCUCUUGCGGGCCUGCUGCUGCCGCAGGCACGGUCAAUAGCAGCAGCAGUAAUAAUAAUAAUAAUAGAGGCACGCCUGCCUUCCCGCAGGCGUUAAGUGAGUGGUCCGAUUUGCUCCUCUCGCGGCUGAAGUCGGUUGGCGACGUGGCGGUGGUGGACCCGACGGCCGAGGUGGUGUGGGAGCUGGUCUCCGUCGUCGUCGCCAUCCUGGAGAACGGUGGCGACGACGGAGUGAACGCGAGCGGGCCAUACUUGGAGUGGUAUCGCGGCCGGUUUGUCUCCCUGGACGCCAUUGACGGGCUGCGAAGCUCGCUGGAGGCGGUGCCGCCGCAGGCCCCGCUUUCGCCAGCGGCGGCGGAGGACCUCUUCGAGGGGAUCCUGGGGCCCUACCUGAUCUCCAUCCAGCGUGCCUUCCUCGCCGGCCUCUUCCCUGCCGCAGCGGCCCUGAUUAGCUCGCUCGUAGACUACCUGCGCGCGGGCGUUGUUGACCCCUUUGACGCCGAGGAGGAGAGCACGUUGGCCGACGUCAUCCGGCUCUUCCUGGAGACGCCACUCGACAGCACGAGUCAUAGAGAGUGGGUGGACACCGCCAACCUUCUUGUCGUCGACUGCAAGCGCGUCUUGACACCCGCAACUCCUGCCUCGGAUUUAAUUACGCAAGCGGCACAGCAGCUCAAGUCUUUAUGCUUGGACCUACUUUUGAUGCUCAGCGGGGACGCGGCGCUGAUUCUGGAGACAUGCCACUUGCUAGAGCUAGACGUCAUGGAUUACGUCGCCGCGGUGUGCGCCGUCUGCAAGCCGUAUAUGACGCUGUGCCAGUUGCACCGCUUGUAUCAAAGUGCAUGGGAGUCGUGGGAGGGUCCUGUAAAGGGGCCGUGGUACGUUGGCGUCAUUGAGCGAAUAUUGGCUAGCCGCUGCAUGGCAGACAUAGCGUGCGCCAUGGAGCUUGUGGGGCAGGCAGUUCGCCGCAAUGCGUACUUGCCGGCCUCGCCAAACGAGGACAGCAACGUCGUUUCCUCGCCGUUGGUUACCAGCACGGAGACGGCGGAAGAGGUGGUGUCAGAGGCGGCGAGCACGACGGAGGUGCCUGUCGACUCAAAACAGCUCCGGCGCUUUGCCCUGCUUUUCAUGGCAGCCCACGUGGCUGACAUUUGUGCCCCCCCGCUUGGCGCCCCCGUGGAUCAAAUGCACGUCACUUUUAUUCGGAACGGACUGGUGGAGGACUUUGUUGCCCAAUUUCGACACCACCCACUGCUCUGGCGCACCGCGGCCAUGUACGUGGUGUAUUCGCCGCUCAUGAACCCCGCCGUUUUGUACGACAUCGUGACGGCGCGGGCGGCGAGCGCCGUGGGCGAUCGCUACACUUUUUUGACCCUCCACACCUUCAUUGGCUCCGCUUGGGAGGAGACGAGUGGGGUUCAGGUGGCGCUGCGCCGCCUGCUGCGCGACAAGUACGCAACGAGCGAGACCUUAAAUAAGUGGAUCGCCUCCGUUGACUACUACCGACGCAAGGCGGUGGAGGUGCUGCAUGCGAAGAUUAUCGAGGAGCGAAUCGAGUGCGGUGACACGGCACCUGCUGUGUGGUUAGCGGUGGAGUGCCAGCAGUCGAAGCCAGUGCAAAUACGCUUUGAACACAUCCUGCGCUCCCCGGAGGCGCUUGACAGCGAGGAGGUCUAUCGCGUGGGGCAGGCAGUCAACAACAACUUUAUCUCGGUCGACACCAGCGCCAGCCUGCGCACGCUGCAGGUCCUGCGUGUCUGUGCGGCCGUGUCCGAGUACCGCAGGGCCGUCGGCAGCCUGCAGGGCCUCGACCGGCAGGUGGGCGCCGUGCCCGCCGCCGACACCGUCCAGUGGGUGCUGCACGCCGCGGAGAGGGCGCUCCGAUGCCUCGUACCGUUCAGGCCGCACCCCGACACGGUCUUUGCGCUGGUGACACAGACGGCGGAUGUUGCGCUCCGUUUUCCGGCGGGCCAACACCCGAGCCGCGUCGUCCCGCUUCUCUCCCACGCGCUGGAGAUGGUGCUGGCGUUCCACUCGUCCGACCGGGCCAAACGCGCGGCGCACGCAGCCGCGAUUCGGGAGAAGAUCAUGCGGCUCGUGUAG